GCAGUUGCUUGGUGUCAUUUCAGCUCCAGAAACUGCGCAAACCGCUCGGUUCUUUCUGCGAUUCGGUGUUUUAAAAGGCUAAUCAAGUGUACAUGUGUGUGUUUCGUGUGUUAUUUCACAUCAUGCGUAGAUUAGUAGAAACAGCGUACACCGACAGUAAUUCCAAGGCACCCUUAAGCAACGAGACCACGUGACCAAAGCGGGGCGGUCGAACUACAAGCCAUUUUGGGGACGGUGUCAGUUUCCACGGAGCACACACACACUGCUGCAUUUUACUGGGGGUGAAGCGGAUCUUUUGGAGGCAAAGUUAUCGGUGCCGAAGUGGGAGCCUUACCGAGCCGAAGCCGGAGGACUGUGUUCUUUUGAAGCCGCGGAUCGGAUACGCACGGAGCGCGCAAGCGGCGAGGAAACGAGGAGUUUUUAUUCGCACAUCUGAAAUGCGCUCCGGUCCGCCGUGCGCUCUCCGCCACUGACAGCGUCUGCAGCCUGCUUCAAGAUGGCGGCUCGGCUCCUAUUCAUUUUCUGCUGAUCGCCUCCCAACUUUCAUUGUCUAUUCGCCUCAAGACCCACCGAUUCCCAGCCGAGCCACCAGGAUUGUUCUUCCUUUUUCAACAUGCAUCGGACGACCAGGAUAAAGAUCACCGAGCUCAACCCUCACCUCAUGUGCGUCCUGUGCGGAGGAUAUUUCAUCGACGCGACGACCAUCAUCGAAUGUCUCCACUCAUUUUGCAAGAUGUGCAUUGUGCGCUACCUGGAAACCAGCAAAUACUGUCCCAUCUGUGAUGUACAAGUGCAUAAAACCAAGCCUCUGCUCAACAUUAGAUCUGACAAAACUCUUCAGGACAUCGUGUACAAACUGGUCCCUGGCCUCUUCAAAAAUGAAAUGAAGAGGAGGAGAGACUUUUACGCAGAGCAUCCAGUAGAUGCUUCUAAUGGAUCCAAUGAGGAUCGCGGCGAAGUGGCCGACGAGGACAAGAGAAUAAUCACAGAUGACGAGAUCAUCAGCCUCUCUAUCGAGUUCUUUGAUCAGACCAGAUUGGGAGGUGGAGUGGAGGAUAAGCCGUCUAAAGAUCAGGUGGCCAACAAGAGGUACCUGCAGUGUCCAGCAGCCAUGACAGUCAUGCAUCUGAGGAAGUUUCUGCGCAGCAAAAUGGACAUCCCGAGCACCUACCAGGUUGAAGUCAUGUAUGAAGACGAACCCCUGAAAGAUUACUACACGUUAAUGGAUAUAGCAUAUAUCUACACAUGGAGAAGAAAUGGCCCUUUGCCGCUCAAGUACAGAGUCCGACCCAACUGUAAGAAGAUGAAGGUGAGCCACGCGCAGCAGGAGGGCCAGAACAGCGCGAGCAGAUCCGGUCCAGAGAGCGACUCUGCCAGCGACAAAGCCGGAAGUCCCGCCGGGGCUCCGUCCACGUCCUCGUCGCUGCCGAGCCCCGGCACGCCUGCGCAGUCCCCGCACCCGCAGCUCCCCCACGGCCCCAAUAACGUCAACGGGACCCCGGCAGCAGCAGCAGCAGCAGCAGCGGCCCCUCCGACCCCGAGUCGGCCCUUCACUCAGUUCGGCAGCGGCAGCAGCAGCGGCAACAAGCCCCGGAAGGUGUCCCUGAACGGCUCGUCGACCUCCUCCGGAUGACGCGGGGCUCCGGACCGAACCGGACCAGCCAACGCCAGACUCCCGCUCAGCUAAUACUGUUUUCAUGCCAACGUAGUUCCAUUGUGUAGACAAUGUUAUCUCUCUUUCUCUCUCUCUCUCUCUCUCUCUCCAUUUUGUUGUUCUAAAUAUUAUGGCAUCAUAUGUAAGUUUAAACGUAGUGGAAUCAGAGACAUUUCAAAAUAAAAGGAAUGAGGAGGUCGAGGUGGAGUUGGAAUUUUUUAAGCAGAUUUUGAUGUUGACAAAAAAAAAAAGGAAAGUUGGACAGAUGGACAAGCAUUUAUCCCCUUUUUAAAGCUGCAUCUUUAUUUUACGAAAGUGACUGAAGAUACUUUUAUAUUUCCUUUUUUUUUUCUCCCCAGAUGAAACGUGUUCAUCAUGAUUACUUCAUGUGUGUUGGGAUAUUUUUGAAACUGUCAGUUUAAACAUGCAUGCUCAUGAUAACACUUCUGUUUUUUUUUGUUUUUUUUAUGAAAGAGGGUUCUGCGUGUUUACCCCCACAUGUUUCAUAAUUGCGGGUUUUGAAACGUCGAUAUAUUUUUUUUAUUUUUUAUUUUUGUUCCGGCGAAAUGAAAAUAGGCUCUGCUGGCUUCACGGGAAAAAUAAAUGCCUCUGGAGGGAAAUAAAAAAUCGACUUUAAAAUUGCCUUUUACUGGAAAAAACAAAAACAGUUUCUUGUAGCUGCAGUGGAAUCGGAUUGCUUUGACACGUUAUAAGCAGUUUCAGAGAAUCCACGUGUAAAUAGAAACAAAAUGCAUAUUUAAUCAGCGAUGAUGUUAUUCUCUUAUUCCCCUUUGUUCUGAGGGAAUGACUUGGGCUCCUGUUCAGCUCCAUUUCAUGCUCAAUGACAUGAUGUUUUGAUGUCUCCCGUGUUUUCCGUAUUUGUAUCGCUCGAUUGUAUGGACAACUUAUCGUAUUGUUACUGUUGCACAGUAUAAAACAUCUAAAUAAAAAAAACAUUUUACACUUAUGGAAA